GCUCCAGCAUGGACCAACUGUGGAUAUUCACCUGUGGAGGCACGGAGACGUGGAUGCAAAUUCGAUGUUCUAAGCUUUGCAUGGCAACUACCAGCAUGCUACGAUAGUAAGACUGUGGAGGAUUUUAUGGCAGAGAAGGAUUGGGAAUUUUUCAAGUUUCCUAACAAGACAUCUCUAAUCUCUAAAGAAGCCGCGCUUACAGGAGAAUAUACACUGUACGUUACGCAGGAGUAUCAUCGUGUACAAUGUAUGUACAUGUGGCGACAGAUGCACCGAGCUUUCACUAUUACAAAGUAUAUCGAUAGCCACCUAAACGAUUGGCACCAUACUCUACAGUGUCAUAGUAUUAUACUCGGCGAAAGAUUAUCGAUAGAGUCAAGUGGCGCUAUUAGGGAGAUAAAGUAUCCUGAAUGC